AUGCUUCUCAGAGCUUCUCCAGCUUUCUCUCUCCUCGCCAACAAUGGCGGAGAAACCAAUUCUCUCUCAUCGGCAAAUUCUGUUUCGAAUUCUCUGAGUUUUUCUUCGGUCCGAUUAUCUUCACCGGCGAAAAACCCUAACAAUGGCAGUUUCUCCGUUUCUGCGGCGGCGCCGGAAACUAACAGUCGUCCUUUGACCGGAGUCAUUUUUGAGCCGUUUGAGGAGGUUAAGAAGGAGCUUUCUAUGGUUCCUAUUGUUCCUCAGGCUUCUCUUGCUCGUCAAAAGUACGCCGAUGAUUGUGAAUCCGCCAUUAAUGAACAAAUCAAGUAA